UGGUUUGGAACCUUUGGAGUUAGCUGAGUAACGGACAACAGGAGGGGAGGGGAGGAGUGUUCUGUGUGGCCCCGCGAAGUGAGGUUUGGAGAUUUUUGUUUCCUCUUUGAAAGUAUCAUCCUGUAUUAUAGAAAGUACAAACCUUCAUAAUACAUCCAUGCAUGAUGUCAAAAGGACAAUAACCAGGGAGCACUGAAGCUGAUGCCGUGGGAGAGCAACACAGACAAAGAAUGACCUGAAGGAUGACAGAGACUUAGAAAGAUUAUAAUCAAACGAAACAGGAAAACUGUAAGUCUAAGAAUCAGUCAGGAACCAUAAUUUCUACAGCCAGCAUAAAUCUGACAUUAAUUCCUGUUUCCAAUUCUAUGUGUCAUGAAGUGUUACUGCUGCUGCACAUAGGUCCCGCAUCAUCAACUGAUUCACCAGGGCCAUGUCGGCAACAACCUCGGUGAGAGUCUCUGUUUCUCCCCCAUCUUCCCUCUGGCAACCCCAUGUGUUUUUAUAUGGGACUAAGAGAUUGCUUCAAUCUUUGGGUCCCCAGAUGAAAAGUUUGGGACUUGGACUAAUUCCAGGUCUCUCAAGUGUCAGAAUGGGAACCAUGUUGUUCUGGGGGGUGAUUUUUCUCCCAAGUAUAUACAUGGAUUUAGUACAUUAUUCUUCCUAUGAAAUGGUCAUUCCUGAGACUCUGACAAUUGAUGAAAGUCAAAAAACAAGGGAAAAACCCUCAUAUGUACUAUUUAUACGAGGCCAGAAGCACCUGGUUCACCUAAAUGUGAAGAGAGAUUAUUUCGUGAAUGACUUUCCAGUCUACAGCUAUCACGAUGGGGUGCUAGAGCAAGAAAUGCUUUUCAUUCCACACAACUGCCACUAUGAAGGCUACAUAGAAGGGGUGCCAGGCUCUUUCGUGUCUAUCAACACCUGUUCAGGCCUCAGGGGCAUUCUGGUUAAGGGGGAGACAUCCUAUAGCAUUGAGCCCUUACGUUCUUCCAAACAAUUUGAACAUGUGUUGUACACCAUGGCACAUGGAACUCGAGUCUCCUGUGGUGCCACUUUCAAAGGCGGCCACGGGGUGUCUAUCAGUCAGCAACUAGGUGGCAAGAAGCUUCCUAACUCACAGGCGCUGACCUAUUUGUGGUCACAUAUCAAGUAUGUGGAGAUGUUUGUUGUGGUCGACAACCAGAGGUUCCAGAUGUGGGGCAGGAAUGUCAAUGAGACAGUUCAGAGAGUCAUGGACAUCAUUGCUCUGGUCAACAGUUUCACUAGGGGAAUAAACACAGAGGUGGUGCUGGCUGGAAUGGAGAUUUGGACUGAGAGGAACCUGGUAGAGGUUGCUGAAGACUUACAAGUCACACUCAGAAACUUCAACAGCUGGAGACAAGAGGAGCUCGUCCAUCGUGUGAGGCAUGAUGUUGCCCACAUGAUUACUGGGCAUCACCCUGGAGAGAAUAUGGGCCAGGCGUUUCUCAACGGGGCCUGCUCAGGGGGGUUUGCGGCAGCUGUGGAAUCCUUCCAUCAUGAAGACGUCCUCCUGUUUGCAGCACUCAUGGUGCAUGAGCUUGGGCAUAACCUUGGCAUUCUGCAUGACCACUCAGCCUGUGCUUGUAAAGGUCGACCCUUUUGCCUCAUGGGUGAAAAUGUCACUAAAGAAAGCAGCUUCAGCAACUGCAGCUCUGACUACUUCUACCACUUUCUUCAUGAACACCGAGGGGCCUGCCUGUUUAACAAGCCGUGGCACAGAAGUCGUGUGCGCAGGACCGGAAAUUGUGGCAAUGGAGUGGUAGAUGACUCAGAGCAGUGUGACUGUGGUACUGCCUGUUCUUACAGCAAAUGCUGUGACUCACAAUGUAAACUGAAGGGGGAGGCCUUAUGUGACCUUGGGCCUUGCUGUGUUGACUGUCAAGCUGCACCUUCUGGACAGGUUUGUCGUAAAUCUGUAGGACCAUGUGACCUUCCUGAAUACUGUGAUGGUGUGUCUCCAGUAUGUCCCGAAGACAGAUAUAAACAAGAUGGAACUGUGUGUCGUAAACAAUUUGGAUGUAAGAAUGCUAAAUGCAUGGACCCUGAUAUGCAAUGUUUGUCCAGUUUUGGGUACCCUGCAAAAUCUGCCCCGAAAGAAUGUUACACAUCUUUUAACGGAAAAGGGGACAGGUUUGGAAACUGUGGCCAUCCCCAAAGUCCUCAGGAUCCAUAUACAAAGUGUUCAGAAGAAAACAUAUUUUGUGGGAAGCUUAUCUGUACAGGUAUAUCGCAAAUCCCAACGCUUUUAGCUCACUAUACAGCGAUCCAGAGUCCUAGUGAAGAUAACUGGUGCUGGAGUAUGGAUGCCCGCCCUGGCAGUUCUGACAUUGGAUAUGUGAGUCCUGACACUUACUGUUCCCCGACCCAAAGUUGUAAGCAGUUUACAUGUAGUGAUAUAAACCUGCAAGGUCUUAAUUGCAGUCAAGACACAACAUGUCAUGGCAAUGGGGUUUGUAAUGACUUAGGACACUGUCACUGCAACAAGGGCUAUGGACCCCCUAAUUGCGAUGUUGCGGGAGACGGGGGCAGCAUAGACAGUGGCCCUCCUGGUAAACCAGGUGGUCCAUCCCCAGAAGAUGGAGAUGAUCAGAAUGCUACUACACAGGAAGAAACUGUAAACCUAACAAUAUUAGUAAUCAUUAUACUUAUAGCACUCAUAAUAUUAGCUAUAAUUAUUUGCUUCCUGUGCCUUUUUAAAAGUUCAAUUACUGGCAAACGUGAAGAAGCUCCUCCACCGACUGAAGCAGCAGCAGUCCCAGCAGCAGCAGCAGCAGUCCCACCACCAGCAGAAGCUCCACCUGAAGCACCAGAAGGAGAGGAAGGGGAAGAGGAGGAAGAAGAAGAGGAAGAGGAAGAGGAAGAAGAGGAAGAGGAAGAGGAAGAGGAGGAAGAGGAUGAAGGAUAGGCCUAAGAAGUGGGAGGAUGAAGCCCAAUAUAUCAAACUCCUCAAGUGCUAAAUGGGAAUGACAGGCUCGGCGAAGAAAAGGGAAAGAAAGAAUUGAAGGUCCCUGUAGCUCUAACUAUGUCUCCACAGUCUCUGAAAUUACAUCAAUGUAAGGAGGAGAUAUUGACCCAUUUUCAAUACUAAUUAUAGAAACUUUUAUUUAGGGUAUUAAAUAUCGCAGUACAUUUUUUAAAAUAUUUCAUUUGAAGUCUUCACAAACAAGUAGACAUCGAUGCCCUUGUUUCUUUGGACCAAUCUUUUCAGUCAACAGAAAAUCUUUUCAGCACAUGGUAUCUUCUGGAUGGUCUUUAACAUAAACAGAUGUGCCUGGAUUUAUCACUAUUACUAUGAUUUUCAGUUCAGUAACAACUACCUGUUAUACAAGGACAACUGUUCAAGUGAUUGUUCUAACUUGCCCUAUACUUGUGCAUUCAUCAAACAAGAAAACUUCAAAUCCAAAACUAAAUAAACCUAUAUUCCUAUUAGACAC